GGUCGGAGGCGGCGCCGGCGGCUCGCGUGGCGACCGCUGCCGGGUGCUCGGCGGGGCGGGGCGGCGCGGCGCGGCACCUCCUCCCGCGCGGCCUCCGGAGGCUCCCUACUGCGGGCGGGCGGUCGGUCGGCAGAAGCCGGGCGCCCCGCCGUUUUUCCCUCUCCACACACACGCAAACACACACACCCUGUGGAGACGCCAACAUGGCGGGCGGGCGCCGCGGCGGUGGCCCGCUGCUGACGACGCUCCUGGCCGCCUGGCUGGCUCUGGCGGCGGCCGCCUCAGGCUCCGAGCAGGCCGCGGUGCCGGCGGAGCAGAGCCGGGUCCAACCCAUGUCCGCUUCCAACUGGACGCUGGUGAUGGAGGGCGAGUGGAUGCUGAAAUUUUACGCCCCCUGGUGUCCGUCCUGUCAGCAGACGGAUUCGGAGUGGGAGACGUUCGCCAAGAAUGGAGAGGUCCUGCAGAUCAGCGUGGGGAAGGUGGAUGUCAUCCAAGAGCCGGGUCUCAGUGGCCGCUUCUUUGUCACUACUCUCCCAGCAUUUUUUCACGCAAAGGAUGGGAUAUUCCGCCGUUACCGGGGCCCAGGAAUCUUUGAAGACCUACAGAAUUACAUCUUAGAGAAGAAAUGGCAAGCAGUUGAGCCUCUGACUGGCUGGAAAUCCCCAGCUUCUUUGACGAUGUCUGGAAUGGCUGGCCUUUUUAGCAUCUCUGGCAAGAUAUGGCAUCUUCACAAUUAUUUCACCGUGACCCUUGGGAUCCCUGCGUGGUGUUCUUACCUCUUUUUCAUCAUAGCAACCUUGGCUUUUGGACUUCUCAUGGGUCUGAUCUUGGUGGUAAUAUCAGAAUGUUUCUAUGUGCCAAGGGAUCUGGCUGAACCUUCUGAGCAAGAUCAGAGGUCAGAGGACACGCGUAGGGCCCAACAGUUACAGGAUGCAGAGGAGGAAAAGGAGGAUUCGAAUGAAGAAGAAAACAAAGACAGUCUUGGAGAUGACGAGGAAGAGAAGGAAGACCUUGCCGAUGAGGACGAAGAGGAGGAGGAAGAGGAGGAGGACCACGCAGCUGGCGAUGUGGAGGAGAGGAAUGACACAGCUGACCAGGGGCUGCUGAGACAGGGCGGCCCCGAGGAGCCUGCAGAGCCGGCUGAGCAGCCCCCUGCCCCUGCCCCUGCCCCCGAGGCUGCCGAAGACGCCUUGAGGCAGCGUAGAAGCCGGCCGUAG